AACGAGCAGUGUCUGCUCGAGUCUCUUCGGAAGACGAAUCAGAAUAGAAGCUUGCUUACUGCUGCCACCAAGACACCUGUCUUGGCCUUCUCGCCCCAAACCCGCUCCUCGACGACUCUCAAUGCCGUGGCCGCUGCAGCGAGCGCCCUGCUCAGCCUCAAUCGCUGCACCAGCCCGUCUGCUCGCUCACCAGACUGCUCCCCUGCCUCGCUAGCGUUGAGGAUCAUGGAGUAAUCAACCGGCAUUGUUUGAUCCUACUGCGUCGCCUGCUGUCGCGGCUUGCGUCUAGGGCUGAUAUUUGUUUGGCCUGCCCCCCCAUCGUGUUGGCGCUCGCGUUGGCCCUUGUGCUGCGACUUUUUUUCCACUUUAAUUUUGCACUUUGGAACGAACGCGUCAGCAUCCCUUUUUGGGCGAGAUUCAGCCGCAGACCAGGACCCUUUUUCUUCUGCAUAUUUCCCUCUCUGGGUGGCUCUGGGGAUGGUUUCUGGGACACAUGUCUAGACUGAGAUAACCCGCCAACAAACAACACAAGAUAUCGCCGUCCUUCGGCUGCCGUAUCAGGUCUGCCGGGAAUCCCCACCGGUCAUCUGAUAGAUCCGACCUGGUCCUCAGAAUCAUCCACCGUCCCUCCGCACCGAUCAACGAUCCAGUUCGACUGACCGGGCGCGCGCGUUGAAGACGCCCGUCGCACCGCUGCUUUAGCGGCAGACCCGACCAGCCGCAGCCAUGGCCUUCAUCCGCCAGACGUUGACUCUAUUCAAAAAGAAUUUGCUUAUCAUCUUUUUGCGACAUCCACUAGCAACAAUUCUUCGGGCCUUUAUCUUGCCCAUCAUCAUCACCACUUUCCUCACGUUUGCUCAGCGGUUGUUUGUCCCCCCAGCCAAGAAUGGCAUCACCAGCCCGCGGGCCAUCAGGGGCUUUGCCGAUGCCCUUGACCUAGGCUCCCGCACAGGCAGGUCCACUGUUGCUUUUGUCGAUUCGGGCUUCCGUGAUGGCGAGAUCUCGCGUGUCAUCGCCAAUCUGACGAGCCAGGUCGAGAGUGCCGGAAAGACGGUCAAACGUCUGUCUAACGAGGACGACCUUGGCACCGCCUGUCGCUCCAACCUCUACGCCGUCUCUAGCUGCUAUGGCGCCGUCGUCUUCCGCAGCUCGCCCUCGGAAGGCCGCGGCGGGUUCUGGAACUACACUAUCCGUCUCGACGGCAGCAUCGGCAGUGGCACUAGGUACGACGUCGAUAAGGACGACAACGACGCCCAGGUCUUUAUUCUGCCUUUCCAGCGUGCUGUCGACGCCGUCAUCACUGGCCUCAACGCGAGUUCGAACCAGGGCUCCCUGCCGUCCAAGGUCGAUGAGUACUUCUUCACCAAGCUCACAAACGAGGAACGCAACGAGCAAAUCCGCAUCAACUACCAGUCCGCCGUAACCAACUUCAUGGGCGUGGCCUUCAUCGCCGGCAUGGUCGGCAUCGCCUACCACCUCACGGGCUUUAUGGCCACCGAGCGCGAGAUUGGGAUGUCCACGCUGAUUGAGUCCAUGAUGGCCAGCAGACACCCUUGGCUCUCACAGGCAGCCCGUCUGUUCUCGUACCACGCCGCCUUCUCGCUCAUUUACGCCCCAGGAUGGAUCAUCGGCUGCAUCAUCAUCCGUGCUGGCGUCUUCCCUCACACCAGCGCCCUCCUGUUUGUUUUCUACCACCUCACCGCUGGCUUCGCCUUGGCCUCCAACUCCAUCCUGGGCGCCGCUUUCUUCAAGAAGGCUCAGCUCAGCGGCGUCAGCGUCACCAUCGUCUUCUGCGUGCUCGCCAUCGUGGCGCAGGCAAUCUCGUACCCUAGCACCGGCGCUGUCGCUGUCCUUAGUCUUUUCUUCGCCCCGUGCAACUAUGUCUACUUCAUCAGCAACACCGCCCGCUGGGAGCGCGAAAGGUGGCCCUUGGACCUCCUCGCCGUUCCGCCGGGGAGCGCCUGGAACAUGCCUGCUGUCUGGCUCUGGGUCUUCCUUGGUCUCCAGACCGUUCUCUACCCUAUCCUUGGCGCAUUCAUCGAGCGAUAUCUCUACGGUACCGGCGCUCAGGGGCGCAACAUUGUGUACGACCGGGACAACGCCAAUGCGCCCGCAGUUCAGCUCGAGGGUUUUACCAAGAUCUACGCCCCUGGCAUCAUCAGGCGCAUGUUCUCCUUCAUCUCCAAGCCCAAGGAACCCGUGCGAGCCGUCGAUGGACUCACUCUCAGUGCCGGCCGCGGCCAGAUCCUGGCUCUUCUUGGUGCCAACGGUUCGGGAAAGAGUACGACCCUCGACUCUAUUGCGGGCAUCGGAAAGCUUACCAGCGGCAAGAUCACCAUCGACGGUACCGGCGGCCUCGGAAUUGCGCCUCAGAAGAACGUCCUUUGGGACGAGGUAACUGUCCUGGAGCACGUCAAGAUCUUCAACAGGCUCAAGUCUCCCAACAAGGUGUCCAGCAGGCAGGAGCUUACCGACCUCGUCUUUGCCGUCGACCUGGCCAAUAAGAUAAGGGCCCAUUCGAGCACACUCUCGGGCGGUCAGAAGCGCAAGCUGCAACUCGCCAUGAUGCUUACGGGAGGCAGCGCCGUCUGCUGCGUCGACGAGGUCAGCAGUGGACUCGACCCAUUGAGCAGGAGGAAGAUCUGGGACAUCCUUCUCGCCGAACGCGGCAAGCGCACCAUGAUCCUGACGACGCACUUCCUGGACGAAGCCGACCUUCUUGCCGAUCACAUCGCCGUACUUUCCAAGGGCACCCUCCGCGCUGAAGGGUCUUCGGUUGAGCUCAAGGAGCGACUGGGCGGUGGCUAUCGCAUCCACUUCCUCAAGACCUCGACCCUCCGAGACGGUCCUGCUGUGGAUGGCGUGGUCAAGAAGGUGGCCUUCGACGUUGUCAGCUACAUCGCUCCCUCUUCGGCACUGGCGGCCAAUGUCAUCCGCACCCUCGAGGCCCAUGGAAUCCGCGACUACCGCUUCUCUGGCCCAACCAUUGAGGACGUCUUCCUGCAACUUGCCGAAGAGAUCAAGGGCGAAGCAUCGGCUCCUGGCAGCAAGGAUCAGACUUCUCCGGAUGGCGUCCUGGCUGCGUCUCCUGUCGAGCAGACGGACGAGAAGGGCAUGGAGCUCCUCUCGGGACAAAAGGUUGGCAUCGUCAAGCAGGCUAUGGUGCUGUUCAUGAAGCGGUGCAUCAUUUUUAAGCACAACUGGUUUCCAUCUUUGGCCGCCUUUGCCAUCCCCGUUAUUGCAGCCGGUUUGGUGACGCUCUUCAUCAAGGGUCAGAAGCCCCUCGGGUGCACCCCGGAAGCCUUCGCAGGAAGGAGACGGAGUAACAACUUCUUUGACAACAUCCAGAACAUGCACCUUCUUGCCGGCCCGAGAUCCAAGUUCUCGCCACAGGCGGUGCUGAGCGUAUUCGGCCCGAUGGUAGCCGGAACGAGUGGCACUGGCAACAGCACUGGCCUCAGUGGCCUGGUGCAAAACAUCACGUUCGUCGACACGCUGGACGAGUUCAACCGGCAAAUCGUCGAUCUGCGCAAAAAUAUCACGCCCGCAGGCCUGUGGCUUGGCGAUUCGGGCAGCGCCCCGACGCUCGCUUUCAACGUCUUCCCCGAGGCUGUCAACUCCUUCUUCGGGCAGAAUCUGUUAAACUCGAUAACUACCAACCAGACCCUUGCGGCCACCUACUCGCCCUUCGACACCCCCUGGUCGCCCGAUUCCGGCAACUCGCUCCAGAUGCUCGUUUACAUCUGUCUCGCCCUGGCUGCCUACCCUGGCUUCUUCUCCCUCUACCCCAAUCUCGAGCGUCGCCGCCAGGUCCGUGGCCUUCAGUACUCCAACGGCGUCCGCCAGUUCCCGCUCUGGAUCGCCUACGUCGGCUUCGAUUUCUCAAUCGUGCUCGCCUCGUCAGCCCUGGCCGUCAUUCUCUUUGUCGCCCUCUCCAGCGUCUGGUUCCAUCUUGGCUACAUCUUCCCGAUCCUGGUCCUCUACGGUCUCUCGUCCAUCCUGACGGCCUACCUCUUCUCCAUCUUUUGCAAGAAUCAGCUCUCGGCCUAUGCCUUUACCGCCGGCUUCUCGGUCCUUGGCUUCCUCGGGUACCUGAUCGCAUACCUGAGCAUCCUCACCUUCGCCCCCGUCAACAAGGUGGACGAGACACUCGAGAUCGGCCAUUAUAUCAUGAGCGCUAUUUUCCCCAUCGGAUCCGUCGUCAAGGCAUUCUUUGUUACGCUCAACCUCUUCUCAGCCGCCUGCGAUGACCAGAGACUUACAGACAACCCGGCCGGCAUGAAGUACUACGGCGGUCCGAUCCUGUACCUCGUCAUCCAACCAAUCCUCUACUUCCUGCUCCUUCUCUGGGUCGACAGCGGUACAAUCAAGUCCACCUUCCAGCGCAUCUUUUCGCGCAGGAAAGCGCCAGCAUCCGGCACGACCACGACCGAGGCCCCUGACGAGGAGGUGGUGGCUGAGCUUGCGCGCAUCACGUCGGGUGCCGCCGGAGCAAAGGACGCUGGGCGCGGAAAGGAGCCCAUCGACACGGGCAGCGAUGGCCUGCAGGUCGUGCACCUCACCAAGACGUUUGGCAAGAACACUGCUGUGGACAAUGUCACCUUUGGCAUCAAGCGGGGCGAGGUCUUUGCGCUCCUGGGACCCAACGGCGCCGGAAAGUCCACCACCAUUUCCAUGAUCCGUGGUGACAUUCAGCCAGACCGUGCCGCCGGCGGUGACAUCUUUGUCGAGGGAGUUUCGGUCACGCGCAGGCUGGCCGCGGCCCGCGCAAACCUCGGAGUCUGCCCGCAGUUCGACGCUGUUGACGCCAUGACGGUCCUCGAGCACCUGCGAUUCUACGCCCGCGUGCGCGGCAUCCCCGACGUGGACCACAACGUCGAGGCCGUCAUCAAGGCCGUCGGACUGGAGAACUUCCGUGACCGCCAGGCCCUCGCGCUUUCGGGCGGCAACAAGCGCAAGCUGUCUCUGGGAAUCGCCCUCAUGGGCAAUCCCUCGGUUGUGCUGCUCGACGAGCCGUCCUCGGGCCUGGACGCAGCCGCGAAGCGUAUCAUGUGGCGAACCCUCGCCGCCACCGCCCCCGGCCGAUCCAUCCUCCUGACUACGCACUCCAUGGAGGAGGCCGACGCGCUCGCCGGGCGGGCCGGCAUCCUCGCGCGCCGCAUGCUCGCCAUGGGCUCGGCGGACGACCUCAGGCAGCGGUUCGGCAACCUGCUGCACGUCCACCUCGUCUGCAAGGGCGCCCCGCACACGACCCCCGAGCAGGUGGCGCACAUCCGGGACUGGAUCGCGCGGACCCUGCCGGGCGCCGACAUCGAGGCCAAGUCAUACCACGGCCAGAUGCGCUUCUCGGUCCCCGCGUCGCAGAUUUCCGGCGGCGAGAAGGCGGCGGCGGCGGCGGCGGCGGCGGCUGGCAAGCCCCCGCCGGCGGCCGACGGCAACGGGGACAUGGCCGACGUCACAGACGAGAUCAGGAGCGCGAGCGAGGCGGCGGCGGGCUCGCAGAGCGCCAUCGGGCAGCUCGUCGUCAUGCUCGAGGAGCAGAAGGCGGCGCUCGGCAUCCAGCACUACAGCGUCAGCCCCACGACGCUCGACCAGGUGUUCCUGACCAUCGUCGGCAGGCACAACGUGCGCGAGGAGGGCUACGACGACGGCGGGGACGGCCACGAGAAGCUUGGCCACGCCGUCGGCAGGAACUUGCGCGAGGGCGCCACCGGGGUCGCCACGGGUUUCAAAACCCACCGGCCUUGACGAAUGCGUCAUUCUUUUGUCUUUCUUUCUGGUGUACUCCGCUCUAGCGUGAACUUUUCUGUCGUUUUUUCGUCUUUGCCUAGAUUCUGAACUUUAAACGUAUGAUCUAUAUCUACCUACUAUCCAUAGAGUAU